UGGCCGCUGGUGGCGAUGUUUGGCGCUAGUAUCGUGGCUUCUCUGACAUUUUUGCUAUUUUUUGGAGGAUAAAUAAAAAUUUUACGCGGUGCUUUGUGUACAAAUAUUCUGGUGGAUUGUGGUGAAAAAGGGCGAAUUGUGUGUGAAAUAGUCACUGUGGCGUGCUGACAAUUAGUUGAGCAUUGUGGAUAUUGUGCAAAAAAAUGGAGAUAAAGAAUCUCGAUUUGGACAAAAUCUGUCGUGUUUGUCUCACCGUAAAAAAGGAUAUGCGGCCCCUUUUUGGCGAAAUGGUGGCUGAUAUGCUGAUGGACUUUGCCCGGGUGCAGAUUGACAACACAGAUGGAUGGCCAGAUAAGAUUUGCGUGCAGUGUGUGCAUCAGGUGAGUCGAUGUCAUGCAUUCAAGAAUCGAGUGGAGAAAUCUGACCAGCAGCUGAGGCAGUACAUUAAGGGGAUCACGGUGAUUGUGGAGGAGACACUGCCCAAGGAGAUGACCAUCACACAGAUUGAACUUCAGCGGGCUGAUAUACAGCAGCGUGGUGAGGUGCAAUCUCACAGUCUGCAAUCGCCUCAGCGACAGGAAUUUCAGAUUGUAAAGUCCUCAGAUCUGCAUUCUGUGACGGGCAGUGAUGCUCAGCCACAGCAAAUGAUUAUCACAAAUGGUCAGAUACACAAUGCCCAGCUGCUCAAUGCAGCUGGGCAGAUCGUUACAUCUCACGGACAACCUAUGACUGUCCAAACUGGUGCCCAGAUUGUCCAGGCGGGCCAAAUUGUCCACCAAGGGCCAAUCCUGCAGGCCGGCAAUACUCUGCAGAUGAUCAAUCAGAAUGGACAGACGCAGGUGGUUCAGAUACAGCGAACGAGUGAUGAUCGCUGUGAGAUAAUCGUGCAGCCCGAGAUGACGGGUGGAGGAGAGACCCAUUACUACGAAGAUGGAAUGAUCACCAUCAGUACACAAGCCAUAGAAGCCGAGGAUGAGUCCCAGAUCAUCGAGGAAGUUGAGGAGGAGGAGGAAGAGCAACAGGAGACCUAUACUCUGACCGUAUCGGACACGGAAGAGCAGGAAGAUAAGGAAUAUUUGGCUGAAUUUAUCAGUCUACAGACAUCAUGCCCAAGUCCCGGACGAUACAUUUGCAAUCUCUGUCGCAAGGAAUUUAAGCACAGCAAAUGGCUACAUACUCACAUGAAGCAACAUUCAAAUUGGAUAAAGGCCAAUUGCAAGAAACAGCCACAGUGUCAGGUUUGUGGGAGGAGUUUCAAGGGACCGGGAAUGCUAAAGAUGCACAUGAAAACACAUGAAGUGAAGCCAGCAGACAAAAUACCAACAUGCUCCAUCUGCAACAAAGAGUUCAAGUCAAAGACAAUCCUGUAUAGGCACAGGCAAACACAUUUUGAGAAAACCUUCCAAUGUGAGCUGUGUACAAAGAGUUUCGUCUCGAAUUACCAUCUGAAAACACACAUGGCCAAACACAAUAAAUCCGCUGCGGAUAAUAAAUUGAAAUGCUUUCCGUGUGAUAAAAGCUUCACAAGUGCAAGUGAAUUAAAGUCUCAUGUCCAACAGCAUCUCUCCAAUAAUAUAAAACUUGAAUAAGCAAAAAGGAUAGUAUAUCUAAGGUUUUAAAUAAACUUGUCAUAAGUGCAGAUGAGGAAAGAAAACAGAAAACAGAAAUUGUAGAAACAUUUUAGCUCUUGGAUGUUGUGGAAAACGUUUCGAGAGGUAUUAAUUUUUAGGUGAAAAAGGACAAAAAAAAUUAAAACAAGUUGUGUUGAUAUCAAAAGAAAAAACAAG